UCUCUCUCUCUGUGUAUAUAUGGGUGAGUGUGGGCGAGCGGGCGUAGUUAUGGCUCUGUCUCAGUCGUGUGUGAACAGCAUGGCUCUGUUCUGCUGUCUGAUCCGCAGGACGUUCAAACGCAGACGCAAGAAACGCUCCGAGCGCAAAGGUCAUGCUGGUUUGAGGCUCAGAGGUCAGCAGAGGUUUUUUGGUUUGAGUGUUGAUGAAGAAGACAGAAUGAAGAGUAUGAGUUCUUUCACCACUGAUGUUAAAGAGAACCGCAAUGUGGACAACCUGUCAUCCAAGGAGGGGCUUGGGGAGGGGCUCCAGCUGGCCAAUGGAAGCAUCCCAGGCUCUGGCCGUAAGCGGCCACUGGAGGAGGGCAACAACGGUCAUGCCCACUCCAAGUUCCGGCCUAAGAAGCGCAAGAAAACACCGGGGCCUGUGUUGCCCAAAAAUGCCCUGAUGCAGCUGAAUGAGAUCAAACCGGGUCUACAAUACAAGUUGUUGUCCCAGACGGGACCAGUCCAUGCACCUGUAUUUGCUAUGACUGUGGAAGUCAACGGUCAACUCUUUGAGGGCACAGGGCCAACCAAGAAGAAGGCCAAACUGAAUGCUGCUGAAAAGGCACUACGCUCUUUUGUCCAGUUCCCCAAUGCUUCCGAGGCACACCUAGCCAUGGGGCGCACACUGACCAUCAACACAGAUUUCACUUCAGACCAGGACGACUUCCCUGACACUCUCUUUAAUGGCUUCGAGACACCCAUCCCACCUGAAGAUCCAUUCUGCUUGAAUUCCAGCUCUAACAAGCCUUUAUCCUCCCUGGAUGAGUGCCGGCUGCCCAUCUCGCUGUCCCACACCACCCUGCUCCCUCUGACCCCUGUCCUCACGGCGCCUCCUGUUGGCCACGGAAAGAAUGCGGUGAUGAUCCUCAACGAGCUGCGGCCAGGUCUCAAGUAUGAGUUCGUGGCUGAGAGCGGUGAGAGCCAUGCCAAAAACUUUGUGAUGGCCGUUACCGUGGACACCCGUGUUUUCCAGGGAUCAGGGCGGAACAAAAAACUGGCAAAGGCCCGGGCAGCCCAGGCAGCUCUGUCCGGCCUUUUCAACAUGCAGCUGGACCAGACACCCUCCAGGCAGCCCAUUCCCAGAGAUGGCCUGCAGCUUCACCUGCCACAGGUCCUCGCAGAUGCCGUGUCCCGGCUGGUGGUGGAAAAGUUCAGCGAGCUGACGGAUAACUUCACAUCGCCUCACGCACGGCGGAAAGUGCUUGCGGGCGUCGUCAUGACAACAGGGACGGACGUAAAGGAUGCUCAGGUCAUCUGCAUUUCCACGGGAACCAAGUGCAUAAAUGGAGAGUACAUGAGUGAUCGGGGACUGGCACUGAACGACUGUCACGCAGAAAUCAUCGCACGCCGUUCACUCAUCAGAUACCUGUACAGCCAACUGGAGUACUUCCUCAGUAGCAAUCCUGAGGAUCACGCCAGGUCAAUAUUCCGUCUCUGUGAGCCGUGUGGUUACCAGCUGAAGGAGGGUGUUCAGUUCCACCUGUACAUCAGCACCUCACCCUGCGGAGACGCUCGCAUCUUCUCUCCACACGAGGCCGCCGUAGAUGAUCAGGGUGACAGGCACCCGAACAGAAAGGCUCGAGGGCAGCUGAGGACCAAGAUUGAGUCGGGAGAGGGGACCAUCCCAGUGCGCACCAGCAACACCAUCCAGACCUGGGACGGAGUUCUGCAAGGAGAGAGACUACUGACCAUGUCCUGCAGUGACAAGAUCGCCAGGUGGAAUGUAGUAGGGGUGCAGGGCUCCCUCAUGAGUUAUUUUUCAGGACCCAUCUAUUUCUCCAGUAUAAUUCUGGGGAGUUUGUAUCAUGCGGACCACCUUUCUCGCGCCAUGUACCAGCGCAUUGCAGACAUAGAGGAGUUACCCCAGUCUUUCACUCUCAACAGACCACUGCUCAGCGGUAUCAGUAAUGCGGAAGCGAGGCAGCCUGGUAAAGCUCCUAACUUCAGUGUGAACUGGACGGUGGGAGAUCAGGGGUUAGAGGUCGUGAAUGCCACCACGGGGAAGGAUGACCUGGGACGACCCUCUCACCUCUGUAAACAUGCGCUGUACAGCCGCUGGGUCCGCCUACACGCUAAGCUCUCCCAGACUCUGAGGAUCAGCGUGGAGCGGCCAGCUACGUACCAUGAGGCCAAGCAGGGGGCGGCAGAGUACCACACCGCCAAACAGACUCUGAUUAAAGCCUUCCAGAAAGCAGGCCUGGGCGCCUGGGUCAAAAAACCCAUCGAACAGGAUCAGUUCUCCCUCAACCAGUGAGGGAGAGGUGGAGAAAAACAGAGAAAAGGGAAAAGGGAAAGAGCAUGAGGGGACUGUUUUAAUUAUUUAAAGUACUUUUAUGACUUUUGUGUUCGUGUAUGCUACUGUUUUUUAUUACGACGCUUCCAUUUGGUGGUUUUCUACUGUACGUUCCUCCCAGCACUCGUCAUAUCAUAGCUAUGUUAUCUGAACAUUGUCUGUGUUAUAUUUCAUGCUGAUGUCAUUGAGAUGUUUUUUUUUUCUCAGCGGUUCCAAGUUUUCCGUUCGCGCGAAUAUCCGAAAACAAGGAAUUAGCAUGUUGCUAACUGGAUUUUUUUUAUUCUUGUUGCAAGAUUUUUUUGAAUUGCUUGACUAACUUAACCAGAUGCUGAUUAUUAAGUGAUACUUUUUUGAUCCCACAACAGGGAAAUUCCACCUCCAUAUUUAACCCAUCCGUGAAGUGAAACACCACAUACACACUAGUGAACACACACACUAGGGGGCAGUGAGCACACUU